AUGUCCCGUGCAGGAACGACUCUCUAUGUCACCGGUUUUGGACACGGGACUCGAGCCCGCGACCUUGCCUACGAAUUCGAACGAUAUGGACGCCUUGUUCGAUGUGAUAUUCCGGCGCCACGCACUCCUUCAAGCAGACUGUUUGCUUUCGUUGAGUACGAAAGUCGUCGCGAUGCAGACGACGCAUAUCACGAGAUGCAUAACAAGAGAAUUGGUCGUGAUGAUCUUUUGAAGAUUGAAUGGGCUCGAACUCCCCCAUCUGCCUCCUGGCGAUUUGAUUCAGGUCGUGAUCGUCGCCGUGACCGCACCCCUCCUCGUCGUGGUCGUUCGCCUUCUCCUCGCCGCAGUCGAGGUGACUACUCGCCUCGCAGGGAGGAAAGAUAUGAGCGCGAUUAUGACCGUCGGGACCGUGACCGGGACUAUGAUCGGCGCGACCGGGACUAUGACCGCCGUGAUCGCGACCGUGAACGCUCUCGGGACCGCUCGCGUAGUCCAGAUGAAAGAGAUCGUGACAUCAAGGAUGACAGGGAACGCCGCGAUGAUGACAGAGAACGCCGUGAAGAAGACCGAGAAAACGGCCCGAAUGGCGAAGAUAGGAAAGCUCCGCUAGACGCCCUGACUUCUGCUCAUGACGAGUUAGAUACUGCCGAGUAG